AUGUGUUCAAGAAUUGAUUUGGAGAUUGAAGGUGCUUUGGGAGCCCUGGCUGAGGAUAAGGCCCCUGGACCCGACGGCUUUAAUGUAAAAAGUCUGAAAUUUCUAUGGCCGUUCAUCAAGCCAAGAAUAGAAUCCCUAAUAUCAGAGUUUGGGAAAGAGGCUAUCUUGCCGAGAGGGCUCAACUCAUCUUUCAUAGCGCUGAUUCCUAAAAAUCCCAAUCCAACCACAGUCAAAGAUUUCCGUCCUAUCAGCCUCAUUAAUUCCAGCAUGAAGAUUUUAAUGAAAGUACUGGCCACUAGAUUAGCUCGAUGCAUGGAUAAGCUAGUAAGUGAUGUGCAAUCAGGCUUUAUCAAGGGUCGUCAGGCUUCAGAAGGAAUACUUAUAGUUAAGGAGGUGGCGCAUACAAUUCAAAGGGGAAAGGGUGAAGGUCUCAUUCUCAAGCUUGAUUUUGAGAAGGCCUUUGACUCUGUAAAUUGGGACUUCUUGUACAGUGUAAUGCUGGAAAUGAAUUUUGAUAGCAAGUGGGUUUCCUGGAUAAGAGCUCUGUUGGAAUCGUCAAGAAUUUCUAUUUUAGUCAAUGGUUCCCCAACAAAGGAAUUCACCCCAGCAAGGGGUCUCAGACAAGGAGACCCUAUCUCACCUUUAUUAUACAAUCUAGUCGGAGAAGUUUUAAACUCCAUGCUUACCAAAGCAGCUUCAGAAGGGUUGUUCAAGGGUAUCACUCUUGUAGAAGGAACUGCAAACAUCACACAUUUACAAUUCGCGGACGACACGGUUGUUUUCUUAGAUGGAACGUUGGAGUCGGCAAGGGGGAUCAAAAGAGUUUUGCAGUGCUUCCAAAUCAUCUCUGGCCUUAAGAUCAACUACAGCAAGAGUGAACUAUACGCUUCUAGCUCAGCUGGCGAGAGCUUAAGGAAUUGUGCUGAAAUAUUGGGAUGCAAAGUAGGUGCUUGGCCAAUGAAAUACCUGGGCCUUCCUAUAGGUUGUUCUGCUAGGAAAGAAAUUUUCUGGGAGCCUGUACUAAUGAAAAUGAGAAGUAAACUUUCUAAAUGGAAAGCCGAAUCUCUUAACCAAGCUGGAAGGCUCACUCUUAUCAAAUCAGUGCUAGACAGCCUACCAAUUUAUUGGAUGAACUUACAUUUCAUUCCAGCUGUAGUUCUGAAGAGGAUGGAAAAAAUAAGGAGAGACUUUCUUUGGGGGCACGUAGGCACUCGAUUUCUUAAGGAAAGGAAGCUACACUUAACUUCGUGGGGUAAAGUGUGCAAACCACUGGAACAAGGAGGUCUGGGAUUAAUCCCCAUCAGAGUAAAGAAUGUGGCGAUGCUAAGCAAGUGGAACUUUAGAUGGAACAGUGAAAGACAAAAAUCCUGGAAUGUUUGGAUGAGAGGGAAAUAUGGUAUCUCUGCUCACGAGAGCAUGACUUCGACUCAGCACCUGAAUAAAUUGUCGGAAAGUAUGAAAGCAAUCAAGAAGGCAUCAGAGUUUCCCGGUCUAAGAGAAAAAUUAUCUCAAGAUAAUUUUGCAUGGAAUCUGAAAAAUGGCAAAACAAUCUUAUUCUGGGAAGAUCGUUGGUCUGGAAAAUCAUCGCUAAAAGACGCACAUUCUAAGCUGUAUAAGCUGUCUACGCUGAAAGAGACCUCAGUCUCAGAAGUGUUUGAACGCUGGAAGGGGAAUGACAUUAGUACAAGCUGUCAGUUCUGGUCAAGGCCACUUAGACCGUGGGAAAUGGAGGAAGCCUCAAAAAUAGGCGACCUUGUCCGAACAAUAACCCUAACAAAAGACAAAGAUGAAAUGAUCUGGGCAUACACUAAGAAAGGCUUCUCAGUUAAGGCUGCCACAGACCUCUUGACAUGCAACAACAGUCCAAUCAGUUGGGAAUUCGUUUGGAAAUUAAAGGUACCCAACAAAGUAAAGAUCUUUCUUUGGAAAGCUCAUUUGGGAAUCCUUCCUACUAGAAACUUCUUAGCAUUCAGGAAUAUUAAAUUCAACGACCCAGCGACUUGUCCUGUUUGCGAGUUAGAAGGGGAAACAACAAGUCAUUUAUUGAUAGAGUGCAAAAUGGCCAAAGCAGUUUGGACCCAGAUGUUCAGUUGGUGGCAAAUCAACCCAGUUCCUCCGCAUGAAAUGUCACUAAUGAGCAUCUGGCAACAGUCUAAGCAGUUCUCAACUAGGAAAGCACGAAUCACUUGGAAAGUAUGUGUGAGUGCAGCUUUGUGGUGCAUAUGGUUGGUGAGAAAUCAGGUGGUUUUCCGUAAUAUGGAAGUCAAAUUGCAAUCAGUCAUAAGCUACUUCAAACAACUAGCCAAGGAGUGGUGCUUGGCAAACAACUUGAUUCUUCAAAAUGCAGCAGCAUGGUGGAGUGUCAAUCCAAUGGGAGUCUUAACAAGUUCCGAGCGAGCUCAGCUAAGCAAUAUAAUGCAGGUCGAGGAAGAUUUAAUCGGAUUCACAGAUGGCUCAUGCAAAACACGUGGCGAAUUUAAAUUCGCUGGAAUAGGAGGGAACAUCUUCAACAAAAAAGGAAAUGUAAUCUUUUCAUUCUCAGGACCCUCUAGCGCUACAACCUCGUUCGAAGCAGAGAGUCAAGCAUUGGAGUUUCUGGUUAAAUCAUUUUCAAAUUCAGGCUAUAAGGCAAGUAAUAUGGUAGUCUACUCGGAUUGCUUAAAACUAGUGCACAAGGUGUUGGAAGUUACAACUGCGCACUGUACAGAGGAAAAGCAGGAAUUACGAGAAAUUUUUAAAGGACUAAAAAUCAGAUGCGCUUUUAUUCCUAGUGACCUAAACAGCGAAGCUGAUUUCUUAGCCAAAAAAGGUGCCAAGAGUAAACAUCUCACAAGUAGUUGGAUCACAAAUAGCAGUGGCCCAUUCUCCCAGCCCAAGCCUUGA